AUGUACCAAGGCAAGGGCGGGCAGUACGGCGCGGGCGGCUGGUACGGCUGGCAGCACCAGAACUUCGAGGAGCAGCAGUGGUGCGCGUGGAACGGGGCGCCCGGGGCGGAGUGGCCCGCGGAGCAUUUCCCGAAGCGGGAGCCGGGCGAGCGCGAUCCCGGGACGGUCUCCCCGGCCAGGGGCGACCUCGCCAGCCCCGGGGAGGGCUCGCCCGGCUCCAGGGCGCCGCACCCCGCGCACCCCCCACCCCCCCGGUCGCCCUACGAGUGGAUGAAGAAGCCCAACUACCAGACGCAACCUAAUCCAGGUUUUUAUUUUACAAGUAAAACACGGACAAAGGAUAAAUAUCGAGUUGUUUACACCGACCAUCAGCGGCUAGAGUUGGAGAAGGAGUUCCACUACAGCCGGUACAUCACUAUCCGGCGCAAGGCGGAGCUCGCAGCCAGUCUUGGGCUUUCUGAGCGACAGGUAAAGAUAUGGUUCCAAAACCGUCGCGCCAAAGAGCGUAAGCAGGUUAAGAAGCGCGAGGAGGUAGUGAUGAAGGAGAAAGGUGACCAUACGUCGUUGCAGCACGCGCAAUUGCACCACGCCACCAUGCUGCAUCACCAGCAAAUGAUGAACGGCAUGAUGCAUCAUCACCACUAUCACCAAGGGGUGCUACAAGGCGUCCCAGAGCCGCUGGUCCCGGGAGUGCCCCCGGUGCCGUUACUG